AUGAUCUCCUAUCUCCUACCAGCUAUACAAGUUCGUUGGCCUCCAGAAGAUGCGCACAAGACAAUAUGGAUCCAACAGAACAAUGCUCCUUCUCAUCUACCAGCAGAUGAUGUAGAGUUUGCUAGAGCAGUAGCCCUGACAGGGCUUGAUAUACGCCUAAGGAACCAGUUGACUAAUUCGCUAGAUAUGAACUGCCUAGACCUUGGUUUCUUUGCUUCUCUUCAGUCAUUAACGGAUAGAACGACAUCUAAAGACAUGGAUGAGCUCAUCCAGAAUGUGAUCAUGGAAUAUGAAAACUAUAACCCAAUCAUCCUGAAUAGGGUAUUCCUCACACUACAAGGAUGCAUGAUUGAAGUUAUGAAAGAUAAUGGAGGGAAUAGGUACAAGAUCCCGCACAUGAGUAAAGAGAGGCUAGAGGCACUAGACAUGCUUCCUAAAGUUCUUAGUUGUGACAGCCAGCUAGUUCAAAGGGCUUUGAAGUUGUUGAGCAAUUAA